CAUGGUGAACUGCCUCUCCGCAUUGGAACACAUUAUCCUUUUUUUACCUAACGAAUUAAUUAAAUUAAAAGUUAAUUAAAUUGUCGUAAAAAGAAGUAUUUUGAUAGUGUAGAGGACAGGCUACUGCGUUGCAGAACCAAAGUGUAGGCUAACGAAUAUAUUUUUAUACCCAGAUGAAGGUGAUCCGGCACUCAGCGGAGACGCUGCAAACAGCUUUGGUCUCCAAUUGUCAGGACUUGGUGAAACUUUACAGCAAGUACACCAAAGAAGAAAGGCAUCUUCUGGAGGAAGGGUUCUACCCAGGGCAGCCGGGGUCCCUUUUCCAACUCAUCACAGUUCACUCUGACUCAGACUGGAUCUCCGCUCACCCUGAGGAGCCUCAAGACUUCGAGAGAUUCUACAGAGACCCCUCCCGCAAGGCCCCCAGUGCAUGCCACAAUACUAUUUAUAUUCAAACCAUAGGGUCCUUUGGGGAGGCGGGGGCCCAGACAGACCAGUAUGUGGAGUGGCUCAGAGAAUAUUGCCAGGCCUUCUUCUAUGGACUUUCUGUCAAGUUGCUGCCAGCGGUAACUGUGGCUGAAACAAGAUGCUCUUUCAGGGUCAACAGUAACUCACACAACCUUCAGAUCCUCACUGGCGACCUGCUCCGGUUCCUGGGGAACAGGAAACCAAAAGAUGCUUUUUGUAUCGUCGGCAUCACAAUGAUAGACCUCUAUCCCAAAGACUCCUGGAACUUUGUCUUUGGACAGGCUUCCCUCAGUAUGGGAAUGGGUGUUUUCAGCUUUGCCAGGUAUGAUGACAACUUCUACAGCAGAAGUUAUGCUGGGAGGCUGAAGAAAAAGCUUCAGCCAAAGCAGGGGGACUACUCUGUGUUUGACAGAUAUUAUACUCCCCCCAUCACCAGCACCCUGCUGCUUCGAUCCUGCAAGACAAUGACCCAUGAGAUCGGCCAUAUGUUUGGAAUAAAGCAUUGCCAGUGGCUGACCUGUGUCAUGCAGGGCUCCAACCACCUCGACGAGUCUGAUCGUAGGCCGCUGGAUUUCUGUCCCGUCUGCCUUCGUAAGCUACAGAGCGCUAUGGGCUUCAAAAUAGCUGAAAGAUACAAGGCCUUACUGCAGUGGAUAGAGGAGGAUCAGAGUCAAACAACCAGACCAGAGGAGGCCUCUGCCUGUCGUUCUGUGCUCCACUUUCACAAACCCACGGAAGCUUUCCAGACAUCCAGACUGUGGCUCCGCAGGUUGCACCCUGGUAACCUCAUUAGCUCUACUCACCAUUGAAAGUCAUGACAAACACGCAGAUGGAAACAAUC